AUUCGUUUGAUUUACCACGAGCAAUAUUUAGCAAUAAAUAACACUCGGGUGUGAUCAUGCUGGGAUUGAUCUUUCGCGGCGUGUUUCUCAUUGGUAUACUCACCUGGUACAGCACCAGCGUGUGGAAAAUGAUCGACAGUUACUUCAGAGACCAGUUCCGGAGCUACUUGGAGGAAGAGUAUCGAAAGAAUCCGCGAAUGAGGUCCGACGUACAAGCUGACUCGGUCGAUAAGACCAAUUCCGCGGUUACCACGCCACACCCCGAUCCGACUGUGGAGCCAUCGCGGGAGAUUCUCGAAGCUGUCGAAACGAUUGCGCGUGCGGUCGAAGCUGCAGAAAAUGAUUCUGUGGAAACGAAUGGGGAGCCACAGGUGACAGGUGGCACCAGUGAAAACGAGGCCGCCGCAGGGGGAUCUACCGAUAAAAAUGCAUUCCUGGGAACUGUCGCGGAAUCGGAGCUGGAAAGAAGGAAGUCGACCGAGAAUGAACAGGAUUCUCGACAACCUAUUAAUCACGACGACCGUGACCUCGAACGUCGCGAGAACGACGAUCGUCAUCGAUCAGUCUCCCGAGUGUCUAAGAGCACGGUUAAGAGAAUCAAAUACGACAGGAAGCUGGCCAUGUCUAGGGACAUUUUACGCGAGAAGCAAUUACCCAAAAGACGAAACGUGAAGACGAUCACGUUCAGUGAAAAGGAUUUUAAGUCGGUCAUCGGCAAUCACGUUUCCAAUGAUGAUUUUUGGGAGUUCGAGGAGGACGCGGAUGAAAAAGAACCACUAGAAGGUAUUUUGGUUUCCGAGCUACCGUUCAAACCUAGAGCGGAUAUAGGGGAUUUGGACAGGGUCACUGCUGAUGAAUACUGUCCCUUGAGCUUGGAAGAUGAAGCGUCUUGCGAUGAGACGUUCAAAUGGCCUUGAAGUCUUAUAAUGUUGAAACGUAGAUAAAUUUAAGAGGCACGUAGUAGUUAUAAAUUCUGUUCGUCCGAAUCAAUAGUGGAAAAAACUUGAUUGUUAAAGUUCUGGCUUUCGAGUAUCAACUGUGAUCUUUCGGAAGAAAUAUACCAAGUUUCGCUAGUAUUGCAAUUAGGUUCAAUGACACGCUCAUACCGAAUACCAGUGUUAAAAAAAGAAAAAAAAAAGGAAAAA